CAGCCUUUAACAUGAGGACUAAGCCCCAAUUUCCCGGGUCUGGGGCUUCUUGCCCUUAUCCAAGAUGGCUGACUGGGCCUAGCUCUCUCUGGCGCCUUCUGCCCUUAUCCAAAAUGGGUGCCUGCCCUAGCCUAGCCUGGGGCAUUUUGCCAUCAUCCAAGAUGGCUACCAGCUCUGGGUCCCUUUGCCCUUAUCUAAGCGGCUUCCCGUACUUAGCAUGGCGGUCUGACGCCCGGGCAGCCAUCUUGGGGGAAGGCAAGAAGCCGCGGGUACUGCCGCGCCGCUGUUUCCCGUGAUGCCUCAGGAGCUCCGCUCUCCUCUCGCCUCCGUUCCCCCCGGAAGAGGGAGCUUGGCGGUGGCGGUUGUUGACAAUAUGGCGGCUGCUGGCUGCUCCGCGGGAGGAAGAGGCGGAGGGAGAGGAGCCGGCAGGAGGAGGAAGGAGUCUCAUUCAUAGGGAGCCCGGCCCGCUGUUCUCCCCCCUCCCCGCCCCGGCACCAUGUCCUUCUUCAGGCGGAAAGUGAAAGGCAAAGAACAAGAGAAGACCACAGAUGUAAAAGCAAUUAAAAUUUAUUACAGAACAAGAACUGCAGAUGUUGAGCAAAAUGGGAGCAGCUUCCUUGUUUGGCAGAGCACUCUUCAGUGAUCUGCAUCAUAUGAGCUGCAAUACCAGUACAUUCCCCUCAAAGAAGCACUAAAAAUCAUGCCUUGCUGGAGGCUGCGGGACCAAGCCAUGUGGCAAUUAAUGCCAUCUCCGCCAACAUGGACUCUUUUUCUAGCAGUCGGACAGCUGCUCUUAAGAAGCAGCCAAGUCACAUGGAGGCUGCACAUUUUGGAGACCUAGGCCGAUCGUGUCUGAAUUAUCAAGCUCAAGAGACCAAAUCAAGCCUUUCAAAGACCCUUGAACAAGUCCUGCAGGACAGUGUUGCCCUCCCUUAUUUUAUCCAGUUUAUGGCACUGCGUAGAAUGGAACAUUUGGUUAAAUUCUGGUUAGAGGCUGAAAGCUUUCACUCCACAACAUGGUCCCGCAUAAGAGCACACAGCCUGAACACAGUUAAACAGAGUUCAUUGGCAGAGCCAGUGUCUCCUUCAGUAAAACAGCGUGAAACCACAGUAUCUUCUCCAACUGGAUUUCUUGAUGAGAGGUUGGAGGAUUCCAGCACAGUCCAUCUGCUCAUGACCAAGACAGUACCUACAAACCUGAAUGAUAGAAUUGGCAAUGUUCAGAACCACUUGCUGUCAAGCCAUGAUAGCAAUAAUGCCAGGUUACUUCGUCUUGGGAAGUCUGAGGCAGGGACCCAUUCUGUUCCAGCUGAACAGCAAGACUCUUCCAAGCUUACAGUAUCAAACAGAAACAGCCCCUCCUCUGCACUAAAGGACUUGUCAGGAAAACUAAUGAAAAGUAUAGAGCGGGAUGCAGUUAAUACUUUUACCAAAUAUAUUUCUCCAGAUGCUGCUAAACCAAUACCUAUUACAGAGGCAAUGAGGAAUGACAUAGUGGCAAAGAUUUGUGGGGAGGAUGGACAGGUGGAUCCUAACUGUUUCGUUACUGCACAGUCAAUAGUGUUUAAUGCAAUGGAACAAGAGCACUUUAGUGAAUUUUUGAGAAGUCACCAUUUCUGUAAAUACCAGAUUGAGGUGCUGACCAGUGGGACUGUUUACCUGGCUGAUAUACUCUUCUGUGAAUCAGCACUGUUCUAUUUUUCUGAAUACAUGGAAAAGGAAGAUGCAGUUAAUAUAUUACAGUUCUGGUUGGCAGCAGAUAACUUCCAGUCUCAGCUUGCUGCCAAAAAGGGCCAGUAUGAUGGGCAGGAGGCACAGAAUGAUGCCAUGAUUUUAUAUGAUAGGUAUUUCUCCCUUCAAGCCACACAUCCUCUUGGGUUUGAUGACUUUGUGCGAUUAGAAAUUGAAUCCAAUAUCUGCAGGGAAGGAGGUCCGCUCCCUAACUGUUUUACUACUCCGUUACGGCAGGCCUGGACCACCAUGGAGAAGGUUUUUUUACCUGGCUUUUUGUCCAGCAACCUUUAUUACAAAUACUUGAAUGAUCUCAUCCAUUCAGUACGAGGAGAUGAAUUUGCAGGGGGGAAUAUUGCACUGACUGUUCAAGGCCCCAGUAGCUCUCCUGACAAUGAGCCUCAUACAACUGGUUCUGAUGGCUCUGCCUCACAGUCCAGUGUCAAAAAGGCUAAUGUUAAAAUCCUGAAAAAUUUUGAUGAAGCAAUAAUUGUAGAUGCUGCAAGUCUGGAUCCAGAAUCUCUAUAUCAACGAACUUAUGCAGGGAAGAUGACAUUUGGAAGAGUCAGUGACCUGGGACAGUUUAUCAGAGAGUCGGAACCGGAACCUGAUGUAAAGAAAUCAAAAGGGUCCAUGUUUUCACAAGCUAUGAAGAAAUGGGUGCAAGGAAACACAGACGAGGCCCAAGAAGAGAUGGCUUGGAGGAUAGCAAAGAUGAUAGUCAAUGAUGUUAUGCAGCAGGCACAAAAUGACCAGCCUUUGGAAAAAGUUACAAAGAAAUCUGCCCAGGGAAUCUCUUUGUCCUAUGGCAGCUUGACCCAGAUGUGCGCCUACAUCACAGCUGCAAUUCCCUUUGUCCAAGGAUCGCUUGCGAGAGCCUCUCUUCUCCAGCAGGUGGAAGCAGAGCUUCCGGGCCGAGCUGCAGCCCAGGCGCACAGAGAUGAGCUCACCACUUCCUCUCCACGUGGGCAGGGCUGCAGUAAACACAUGGCUGGGGCUGGCCAGGUCGCCACGAUGCAAGGGGACGUGAAGAGGCUGCUGAUCCUAUUCAAAGAUGAGGCUGGCGAGAUCCUGGGGUCCCCCUUUGACGUGCCUGUUGAUAUCACGCCCGAGAAGCUGCAGCUAGUCUGCAAUGCGCUGCUCCAGAAGGAGGAGCCGCUGCCCUUGGCCUUCUACGUCCAUGAUGCUGAAAUCAUCACGUCACUGGAGAAGACCCUGGUGGGGCAGGUGGUGGAGACGGAGAGAGUCCUCGACAUCAUCUACCAGCCCCAGGCUGUGUUCAAAGUGCGGGCGGUGACGCGAUGCACCAGCUCUUUGGAGGGGCACACCGAGGCUGUCAUCUCCGUAGCCUUCAGCCCCACUGGAAAGUACCUGGCGAGCGGCUCCGGUGACACCACCGUGCGCUUCUGGGACCUCAGCACAGAGACGCCACACUUCACGGCCAAAGGUCACAGGCACUGGGUCCUCAGCAUCGCCUGGUCUCCCGAUGGCAGGAAGCUCGCCUCAGGGUGCAAAAACAGUCAGAUAUUUCUCUGGGACCCAGACACAGGGAAUCAGAUUGGCAGGGUGCUCGCCGGACACUCCAAAUGGAUCACGUGGCUGUGCUGGGAACCACUCCACAUAAAUCCUGAAUGCCGCUACUUGGCCAGCGCCUCCAAGGACUGCAGCAUCCGCAUCUGGGACACCGCCACGGGCCGGUGCGAUAAGAUCCUCACCGGGCACACACAGUCGGUCACGUGCGUGAAGUGGGGUGGAGACGGCCUGCUCUUCUCCUCCUCCCAGGACAGAACCAUCAAGGUCUGGAGAGGCCAGGAUGGAAUUCUCUGCCGCACCCUGCAGGGCCACGGGCACUGGGUGAACACCAUGGCUCUGAGCACCGACUACGUUCUCCGCACAGGGGCCUUUGAACCCGCCGAAGCCUCUGUCAACCCACAAGACAUGAGCGGCACCCUGGCAGAACUUAAAGAGAAGGCGCAGCACAGGUACGACCAAGUCAGGGGGCAGGGACCGGAAAGGCUAGUGUCUGGAUCGGAUGACUUCACGCUGUUCCUGUGGGCCCCAGCAGAGGACAAGAAGGCGCUGGAGAGAAUGACUGGCCACCAGGCAUUGAUCAACCAAGUGCUCUUCUCCCCAGACACGCGGAUAAUAGCCAGUGCUUCCUUUGACAAGUCCAUCAAACUCUGGGAUGGCAGGACAGGAAAAUACCUCACCUCCCUGAGAGGGCACGUCUCUGCGGUUUACCAGAUCGCCUGGUCUGCGGACAGCCGCCUCCUGGUGAGUGGGAGCAGUGACAGCACGCUGAAGGUGUGGGACGCCAAGACGAGGAAGCUGGCCAUUGAUCUCCCUGGCCAUGCAGACGAGGUGUUUGCGGUGGAUUGGAGCCCAGACGGACAGCGAGUAGCCAGCGGAGGGAAAGAUAAGUGUUUAAGGAUAUGGAGACGAUAGGAGCAGUGAAGAGAACCUGCCGGUUCUAACUGGCCCUGUCAGUAUGGCCGGGCCUGGCAGCUAACCCACUCAGCAUGGACUGUGGUGUUCUGCCUCUUACGCACCGUACUAGCUCUCCCUAAUUAAUUUCUGUGACGGGAGAUUAAUUCAGAUUUAAUGCGAACCAAAGAACUUGCCCUUCUGCAUCCAGAUGACUUUGUCUGCAACCAUCAGUACGCCCAGACCUCUGCUAGCUCCGAUUCAGCCUGGUUUCUGUUGAAACUACUGCAGCCUGUUCUCUCUGGAGGGGAGAGUGAAGAGAGGGUGGGGUCUGGUCAUGCUGUUUCCUUUCCUCGCAAAUGGAGCCUGCAGGGGCUAAAGCUUUUAGUGGGGACGGAAAAGUACGUCCUUCCCUGACCCCCGGAGAGAGAAUGGGGAAAACCAUCACACUGUUACCUUGCAAAAUUCUACUCGCCCGGUUUGCCUGGGGCAAAGAACUGUUUAACGGGUAAGUAAGAGAGCCUUGGCCGUCUUCAUUAUUAGGGUGAGGGGAGCAAGGUGGCUUUGCCCCUGGGCUGGGAAACUCUCCCCUUACGUAUCGUUCACUCUGUUGGCAAUAGCCCAACCCGCCUUAGUCUAAGGAGCCCCCUUCUGCUUGGCUGUUUGUUCUGAACCAAGGCAGGAAGGAGCAGGCGUGAAAUGAAAACUGGUGCAGACACUGUGUGGAGUUUCCAGAUCUCAGUUGUUCUCUGAAUUGCGGAGAAGUGGGCAUACGUGCCUGAGUGAAUCUGUGACCCCUCCCUGUUCCAUACACGUUGCCUAGCUCGGGUGCACUUGCACUGGGAAGGACGGCAUAUGAGGCUGCUCUUGUGUCUCUUGCAUCCUGUUGGGGGUUGUCUGUAGGGUUGAGAUUGUUUCUAAAGGCUGCUCCUGUGCCUUUGAAGGCAAUGACAAAACUCCCCUUGACUUCUGUGGGGCAGAAUUGGCCCCUUACUGAGUUUAUCUAGUGCCUUUCCUCUGUCAGAUGGGUGCAGGGAGCUGUGUCACAUGUCGUAUUUCAAAAUCCAGUGUGUUAAUAUUUGUUAAGUUGUUCCUAGCCAAUGUGGAGCGGGUUUUAAGUUAAUGCAGCCCAACACUCUGGGAAGCAGGUCAACCUGGAUUUAACUUUCACUUCCAAUGAGGUUUGAGAAGAGUGCAAGUCCGAAUAUGAUUAAUAAGGAACAGACAGAAUAAUGUCGAGUUCUCUGUCACAAUUGCAAUAAAUUUACAUUAAAGACCAAAGCACUCGCUCUCUCUCUGGCGCGCCUUUGUUGUGGUUUGUGCUGGAUGUUCAGCAAACCGUUGUUUGGGUUUGUUUGUUUUUUUUUCUCAAUCGCUGUAGUAAACUUUAGAGUUGUUCCUGGCAAGGGGAUUGGUGUGCAAGCCUAACACGGUGUGGAGAAUGCCAACAACGGGCUCGGAAAGGAAGAGGAAGACAGUCCAGCGAUUAGGGCUGUAGCCUCAGACUUGGGAGACAUGAGUUCAAAUCCCUGAUCUGCCACAGGCUUUCCCUCUGACGUUGGGCAAGUCAUUUAGGGCUUGUCUACACUGCUACUUACAGCGCUG